AUGUCCAAUACAUACAUCCCACAUGCCGGCCAAGCGAGAGACGGCUGGUCCACGGAGGACCGGGCCACGGCCACUUGCUAUUGUGGAAAGGUACAGCUCUCCUUUCCGGUCAAUAAAGGCAACGGACUUGUCAACACAUUUGUCUGCAAUUGCGUCGACUGUCGCAAGAUUACAGCGUCCAUGUUCGCCAGCAACUUUGUCGUUGAGAACUCACAUCUCGAGCACGUACGUGGGAAGGAUUUACUCCAAACAUACAGUCAGAACGAGACUAUAGGGUCGGGGAAGGCCAUGACCAACUACUUCUGUAGUAAUUGCGGCACCCUCAUGUACCGUGUUGGGGAGCGUUUUCCUGACGUCAGCAUCUUACGCAUCGGUACUGUUGAUGACUUUUCCCUGCACGAAACGAAACUCCGACCGGUGGAAGAACACUUUACCAAAGACCGUGUCUCCUGGUUCACGGGUGUCACGGAUGUGGAGAAAUCGUUUCCUGGUCAGGGUUGA